AGGACGAGACAGGAGACGAGAUCGCCUACAGAUUCCACAAACACUCCAAACAAUCCUCACCUUUAAAUUUCAUUUAUUUCAUCAGAAAACAUGAUCUAGAGCGUGCAUCAUGUGCAGUUGUGUAGACCAUUCUGUUCCGUGAAAUAGAACACAAAACAAAAUGCCAACAUCCAGAGACACCGAGCCACACAGGUCGACGAAGAUGGAUGAAAUCGAAGAGUUGGAACCAUUGUUUGACUACAGCCGGGUUCAGCCUGUGAACCCCAUCGCCAUCGAUGAUGAUUUUGAUGAUGACGAGGAUGUGAUUUGCCUUGAUGGUAAGAAGAGGAAGACUACCGAGACUGUUGAGGAUGAGAAAAAGACUGCUAAGGAAAGAGUCACAGUGGCGAACAUUGAAGAUCAAGAUGAUGAUUGGUUGCCCCCUCCACCAAAGAGUGCAAGUAAUUCGCAUAAGACGAUUGAAGAAGAUUCAACUUUGAAAAAAUUGAGAUUAAAGAAGCAGGAACUUGCCUCAUUUGCUGAAUCAGCAAAACAAUUGUUAAAAGACGUUGAAGAGUCUUCUAAAUUCGAAGUUAAUGAUUCGUUGCAGUCUCCGGUGGAUGUUGUAGAUGAGAAAAGUCUACAGCAUUCUGAAAGACCAAAAAUCGUCAUUUCUGUUCAAGACAAAGACGGAACAAAGCAGAUUCGAAUGUUCAUGUGGGUUGUGACAUCUUGCUGUCCAGAGUAACAAUAUUUUUUGCAACCAAGAUUGCAAGGAAAAGGCUACCAGAGCAGGCAAAUCAUGUUGCACUGCAGAUCCAAUCUCUGUUCCACUUAAGCUGCUCUUGCGCUAGUGGAGGGAGAUGACCCACAACCCUAAGUUAAAACAGAAAUAUGUUUUUUUCCUUUAGGAGUUUCUAUGUUGUUACAGGUCAAACACCAUCUGAGUUAUGAUUUUUUACUAUGGGCCAUAAGUUUUUAUUGGAUCACUGGGAAAUUAUUCCUACACCCUGUAUACUUUUCUUCCAGCUCCCUAUAAUUAUAUUUGAUGGACAAAACUGCACUUUUGAAAUCCUUGACAUAUUUCGAAAAAUGCUAUCCCGAUAGUAUUAAAAAAUUUCUGUAUUUACUCAUUAUGGAUAACAAAUAUAGGAGGGUGAGGAGUGUUUCAAAUGUAAAACCCGAAAUAGUUUGAAAUACAUUUUGGAUUAUACAUUCCAGCAUAAUCAUUAUGGGAUAGAGUUAAAAGCCACACAUAAUUUCUGAGUAGUGUAAAAUAAACACUAUUUACAUAAUUCCGUACAAAGACGUCUGGAAAAGAAUAUAUUUUAGACUGAUGGUUUAUUCUAGCUAUCUUAAAAUUAGAAAAGGGCUAAACCAAAAUUUAAAAAAAAUCUGGAGGUGCAGGAAGAAAAAGCUUUCACCCUUUUAUUCAUAAUGGACUUUCUAGUGUCUUUUGAUCUAAAUAUAAAGAAAAAAGAAUAAAACAAAAGAAAAAUAUAUAUUAUACUUAGAAAGAAGGGGAUUUUAAGCUUGAUUCAAUUUCACAAAACUAAUUUGUAAAAUAAAAUUUACACUCAACAUUGUAACUUGGUCUUAACUCUGGUAAAUAUAAGAUUUGUAACACAUCUCAUCUUGCUGAAGACAGAUGGUAUAUUGAGUGUGAGACUAGAUAUUUAUAUCUGUUUUGAUAGCGACUUGAUAAUUGAUGGCAUGAUAGGCCUAACAAACAUAGUUAGGAUAUACUUUGAUAUCAAAUGAAAAAGUGAACUUCAAGUCUAGUUCAAUCUUACAAAAAUGAGUUGUAAAGUAAGGUAAGGUUUACAUUUACUUAUGCAUUUUAACUUGACCUUAUCUCUAGUUAAUAUAAGAUUUUUACCAAUUAUAAAGUUUUAUCUUCAAAAUUAAACUAAGAUAUUUUCUAAUCAUGUCAUUUUGGGAACUAAAAAUUAUUUUGGAACUUAUAUGCUAUUUUGUUAUCUAUUUAACUUCAUGCUAAUAUAUGUGUUGAUCUGUAUCUGUUUCGUUUUGUUAAAUUGCUCUUAGACCUAUGUUUUACUGUUAAUAAUGAAUCUUGUGAUUCAAUUUCUGUUUAAGGGUUUGUAUCUGAUUCAGCUAUCAUUCGUCGAUCUGCUGGUAUAUUUUGUGAUAUUAAUAGUUUUAUUUUUCAGGUAAAAUCUAGUUGUAAUUUUUGGGAUGUAAGAGUUGUGUUUCUGAUUUUUUUCCAAA